AUGCCAACCAGUGCACAAGCCGACAGGUCGAGGCAAACAUCAAGUGGGAAAUCAUUCUUUGGACGCAAACUACACAAGGACAAACCGACAGAAGAUCGAUACGAUAAUUAUGGAGGCUCCUAUGAUAGCCUGGCGCCUCCGGGAAGCACCGCCGGCUCACGCUCGUCCCGCUAUUCGAAGCGGUCAUCGAUACAAUCCGUCGACAUGACCCAUGAUUUCGAUCCAGGCAGUAUAUCGCAUACAGCAGGUGUCAUAACCUCCAUUCCAUUCGAGAGCCUGUCCACCGAUACCAGGACCCCGAUUCCCAUCGACAGUAUGUCUCGUCCAAGUUCAUCGCGGCAUGAACCUUCACCCAACCAUCUGGGCCAGACGGGAAGCGACUACCAUCAGUAUCCGACAUGGACCUCUACAUCUGCCCCCAAUGGGUCCGCUUCACAUCCCUCUGGCCCUCGGCCGCCCCCGCAAAACAACACCCUGACCAGCAGCAGCUCCGGCGAUCGAGUUAUCAGACCUCAACAAUGGGGACGGCCAGGCAGUUCCGCAACGAAUAAUGGACCUAGCCACAACUAUUCUAUCGAUUCAUCCUCAAACUCCCGCACCUCCCUUGACCAAGCUAGCAUCUACUCUUCCGUUUCUUCGAACACGCGCGGCUCAAGCUACUUCUCCUCCGACAAUUCCUCUCGCACACUCACAACUUCACAUUCUGGGGAUCGCCCUGCCAUGCUCCCUAGUUCUAGCUCGGGCCGCUUGUCCAAUGCAGGAUCUGCCCAUCAAUUCUCUGUACCAGCAGCUGUCCCUCGGCCGCAAGAUAACUAUCUCACUCGACCCAGGGACGAUCGCAUUGUAGAUCAGCUGUUUCUGGAAUUGAUGCAGAAGCGAGGAUGGCAAAAUCUUCCCGAACAGGCCAAGCGACAGAUGUUGUCAUACCCCGCUUCAAAGAAAUGGACAUUAGUGCAUCAGGAUCGCCUGACAGAAUUACAAGGAGAGCAGAAAAGGCGACAAAAUGCGCGACAGACUCAUGGCCAUGAUGGUAUGUCUGGCCUACUUGAACGUGCCGAUGAGGAGGGUAGUCCGGAAUGGUAUGUGAAGAAGGUGAUGGAUGAUACCAUCACCUCCAAGCAGCUCGCUAGUUUGAGUGUCAGCUUGCGUACACAGCCAAUCAGCUGGGUGAAAGCCUUUGUUGAAGCGCAGGGUCAAAUUGCCUUAACCAAUGUCCUUAUGAAGAUCAACCGAAGAAAAGCAUCUGGUCCUGUCCCGGCUCCCCCAACAGGCGAUAAAGAUCUGGACCGAGAGUAUGAUAUUGCCAAAUGUUUGAAAGGUUUGAUGAACAAUAAGUAUGGCGCAGACGAUGCUCUAGAGCAUCAAAAUGUGCUAGUUGCCCUUGUCAGCUCGCUAUCAUCCCCACGCCUGAACACUCGGAAACUUGUCAGCGAAGUCAUCACUUUUCUCUGCCAUUGGGGCGAUGGACAAGGGCAUCAAAAGGUUCUACAAUCCAUGGACAAGGUAAAAAAUGAUCACAAUGAAACCGGUCGUUUUGAUGCUUGGAUGCGUAUCGUUGAGGUCACGAUCGAUGGCCGUGGAAAGAUGGGAAGUCUGGUCGGUGCCAGCGAGGAGUACCGCAGCGGAGGCAUCGGCAUGGAGAACCUUCUCAUGGAAUAUGCAGUAUCCACCAUGAUCCUCAUCAACAUGCUGGUAGAUGGCGCAGAGACGGAUUUGCAGUUGCGUUGCCAUAUCCGCGCUCAAUUCACGUCAUGUGGAAUCAAACGUCUUUUGAUGAAGAUGGAAGGAUUCCAGUAUGAGGUUAUCGACAAGCAAAUCGAGCGUUUCCGCGAUAAUGAGGCCAUUGAUUACGAGGACCUCCUCCAGCGGGAGGGAAGCAGCAUGAAGGAUAGCAUCGAGGGCGAAGUCAAGGAUAUGAACGACCCCAUGCAAAUCGUUGAUGCAAUCACGUCUAAAAUCAACGGUAGCCGAUCCCAUGACUACUUCCUCUCGGCUAUGCAGCAUAUGCUCCUCAUCCGGGAGAACUCCGGCGAGGAAGGGUUGCGUAUGUUCCAGCUGGUCGACGCCAUGCUAAGCUACGUGGCGAUGGACCGCAGGCUGCCCGAUUUGGACCUUCGACAAGGCCUGACCUUCACCGUGCAGAGCUUACUAGACCGGCUGCACACCGAUGCUGAGGCAAGACGAGUCUAUGAUGAGUCUCUCGAGGCCCGGCAGAUUGCCGAGGCCGCCAUUGCCGAGCGUGAUGAGAUGAGAGCGCAGGUUGAACUCGGCGCAGAAGGCUUAGUCUUAAAGUUGCAAAAGCAAAUUGAUGAACAGUCUGGUAUCAUUGAGCUACAGCAACGGCAGAACGAAUCAUUCAAGGCCGAGGUUGUAGAGGUACAACGACUGCGUGCCCAGGAGUUGCAGCGCAACGAACUGGAAACCCGAGAACUCUAUCUUAUGCUUCGCGAUGCCCAGGAUAUUGCCGCCUCCAAUGCCCGCAAGACCAACAAUCCUGAGACGGCAGACGGACCAGACCCAUCCCUCAUGCCUGGUAUCAUGGACAGAGAACGACUCAUGGAACGCUUGGAACGCCAACUGGAGCGGACCAAAACCCAAUUCAAGCUGGAGGGCAAGGUUUGGGGCCAGCAUGGACCAUCUGACCGACUCCGCGAGCUACGGGAGAGAAUGGACGGAGAAGGAUAUGACAGUGAUGAGUUUGCUGAAAAUACCCGCCGGAACCUUGAUCCUGGCACUUGGGGAUCCGUUUAUCGGAAGCGCAGCCAUCACCCUGAGAUGGACUCGACGCUGGAUUAUGACGAAGAGGCUUGCGUGGAUAGCAAUGGCGAAACGAUCUAUGAGAAGCCUCGUCUGGUCGAGAUGCAUCGCCCUCGAUUGGAUCCUGCCCAGGCCAAUGGCUUGUUAGGCGAGCUUGCUUCUAAGGUUCCUAAAUUCGAUGCUGAAACCCCCGACGCCGUUGAAGGGGAUUUGCCAGAAGACAAGGACGCUUCUAUGACAAGUAUUGCACCUCCUCCCCCUCCUCCUCCUCCUCCUCCUCCAGGUGGCAGUAUUGUUCCUCCACCUCCUCCUCCUCCGCCGCCGCCAGGAGGCAUGGCUCUACCUCCACCACCACCGCCAGGAGGCAUGGCUCUACCCCCACCACCACCGCCAGGAGGCAAGAUCCUUCCUCCUCCGCCCCCGCCAGGAGGCAUGGCUCUUCCACCACCACCUCCUCCCCCAGGUGGAAAGAUUGGUUUACCUCCUCCCCCACCACCUGGAGGAAUGGCUCUUCCACCGCCGCCUCCACCAGGUGGUGCCAAGGGUGUUCCUGGACUGCCACCCCCGCCCCCGCCCCCUGGUGGGAAGGUCGGACUGCCUCCACCGCCACCUCCAGGUGGUCGUGGAAUCGCUCCUCCCCCUCCUCCUCCUAUUCCUGGAGCCAAGGGACUUAUGAUCCCUCCGCCUCCGCCGCCCAACGCUUCCUUGGGCUCUGGCUGGAGACCAGCUUACAUGGUUGGGGAUGUCUCGCCAUCUACAAUCCAUAUGCCAUCCAUCAGGCCUAAGAAGAAGCUUAAGGCCCUGCAUUGGGACAAGGUUGACACCCCUCAGGUGACUGUCUGGGCUGGUCACGCACCCACUGCAGAGCAGAAGGAAGAAAAAUACACCGAUCUUGCCAAGAAGGGUGUAUUGGACGAGGUUGAGCGACUAUUCAUGGCCAAGGAAACGAAGAUCUUUGGAGCCAACACUACCGCAAAACAGCGCACGGCCAAGAAACAAAUCAUCUCAAAUGAUCUCUCCAAGAACUUCCAGAUUGCUCUGUCCAAAUUCUCCCAAUACCCCGCCGAAGAGGUGACUCGCAUGAUCAUCCAGUGCGACAAAGAAAUCCUAGAUAACGUGGUGGUCAUGGAUUUCUUGCAAAGAGACGAGAUGUGCAAUAUACCAGAGAAUGUUGCCAAACUUAUGGCACCAUAUAGCAUGGAUUGGACGGGGCCUGGUGCCACUAGUUCCGAACGUGAGCAGGAUCCGUCUGAGAUCACUCGCGAAGACCAGAUUUACCUAUACACUGCCUUUGAGCUACACCACUACUGGAAAGCAAGGAACAGGGCGCUUGCAUUGACCCGCUCCUACGAGCCAGAGUAUGAGCACAUCUCCGCAAAACUGCAAGAAGUUGCACGAGUCAGCGAGUCCUUGCGGGACUCUGUAUCAUUGAUGAACGUGCUUGGUCUGAUUCUCGAUAUUGGAAAUUUCAUGAAUGACGCCAACAAGCAAGCCCAGGGAUUCAAGCUCAGCUCCCUCGCCCGCCUGGGUAUGGUGAAAGAUGACAAGAACGAGACCACUUUCGCCGAUUUGGUCGAACGUAUCGUGCGUAAUCAAUAUCCUGAAUGGGAGGGCUUCCUCGAGGAGAUCAGUGGUGUCAUUGGCCUACAAAAGGUUAAUGUGGAUCAGCUUCGCACUGACGCCAGUAAGUACAUUGGCAACAUUAAGAAUGUACAGGCGAGCUUGGAUGCUGGUAACCUGAGUGACCCUAAGAGGUUCCACCCUCAGGAUCGUGUCAGCCAAAUCGUCCAGCGAUCCAUGAAGGAUGCCAGACGGAAGGCCGAGCAGCUACAGCUCUACCUGGACGAGAUGGUGAAGGCUUAUGACGAUAUCAUGGUCUUCUACGGUGAAGAUAAUGCAGAUGAGAAUGCUAGACGAGACUUCUUCGCUAAGCUGAGCGCAUUCUUGGUUGAAUGGAAGAAAUCUCGAGAGAAGAACACAGCUCUAGAGGAAUCGAGAAAGCGCACGGAAGCAUCGCUCGCCCGCAAGCGAAUCAACGUCAAUCUCGCCAACAAUACUCCCACCGCAGAUGCAGCACACUCGCCUGCUACAAGUGGUGCAAUGGACUCGUUGCUUGAGAAGCUGCGUGCUGCAGCUCCCCAAGCCAAGGACCAAAGAGAUCGCCGCCGUCGUGCUCGUCUGAAGGAGCGGCAUAACGUCCGCGUGGCUUCAGGCUCGAAGCCGCCGCCCGAUUCGGGCGAGGCGGAAGAAGGCGAAGCUGGAGCCGAAAAUCCAACGGGCGGCGAUGCCAAUAACGAGACCGGCCUUCUCAGCCCUCCAAUUCCCGAAAAGGAAGGGGACAAGCAGGAAGGUCAAGUCUCUGAAGGCGAAGACGUUGCUGAUCGUGCCGCCAGUCUACUUCUCGGUCUAAGGAGUAAUUCCGAUGCAGGCAGCGGCGAGCGUCAGAGACGGAGAAGAGAAACUGCAGAUGAAGAGCGUCGCAAUCGCCGCAUGAGACGCCGCAAUCCCGCGACGAGCGGGAGCAAAGAUGGCGCAGAUAGCUCCAGUGGCCUUGCUACGGUUCAGGAGCCCGCUUCUCCUUCCCAGACAGACUCGGUUUUCGCAGACGACCAACAACUCCCUAGCCCACCUGACGACUCCCAACCUCCGCCUUCAAUUGUCGUGUCGGAGCAAGACCAGUCAUUAUCGCAGGAUCCCCCAAUUGAGGGUUCCCCUCCUCGCAAACCAACUGAUUUAUCGGAUUGA